AUGGACGAGCCAGACUUGAAGCAGGCGGCGGCCGAGCGCAUCCGUUGGGACGAUGAGGAAGCUGCUCGUUCAACUCGUGCCUUGCGCCGUACGCAUUCCAAUGCCAGCUCCAUGUCAAUCCGCAGUGUGCGAUCGCGACGUGAAGUGAACCCGGCCAUUGCGCUGCCCAUCCAGUACCGAACUGUUUCGUUCGCCAUCGAGGAGUCCAAGAGCAAAGAUGUCGCUGAACUCGCAAAAGCCAAGGACACGGCUGCCAAAGAACUAUCGACCCUUGAGUGGCACACGAUCUCAACCGAAGAGGCGCUCCGCCGCCUGAGUUCCUCGAUCACGACCGGACUAUCCCCAGACCAAGUUGCACGGAAGUUCAAGGAGUUUGGUCGCAAUGCUCCAACUCCUCCCAAGUCGAAUACCGUCCAGAAAUACCUCGGAUACCUUUUCAAGGGAUUUGGUCCUGUACUACUUGUCGGUUCUAUCCUCGUGUUCGUGUCAUGGAAGCCCCUGGGCGAGCCCAACCCGGCAAUUGCCAACCUGGCGCUUGCUAUCGUCCUCCUUGCUGUCUUCUUCAUCCAGGCCGCUUUCAACAUGUGGCAGGACUGGAGCUCGUCGCGCGUGAUGAAGAGCAUCAAGAACAUGCUUCCCGAGGACUCUCUGGUAAUCCGCGACGGCAAGCAGGCGUCGCUCCCAGCAUCGGAACUUGUUCCCGGAGACAUCAUUUCCCUGAAGGCUGGCAACAAGUUGCCUGCAGAUGUGCGAUUCCUCCAGGUAUCAGGCGACGCCAGAUUUGACCGGUCGAUUCUGACUGGCGAGUCUGUGCCCCUUGCUGGUACUGUGGACUCCACCGAUGCCAACUAUCUAGAGACCAAGAAUAUUGGCCUCCAGGGAACUCACUGUACCUCUGGCUCUGGUAUCGGCCUGGUCGUCGCUACUGGUGAUCGCACCGUCUUUGGCAGGAUCGCAAACCUGACCAACGAGCCCAAAACCAAGCUGACAACGCUGGAACGCGAGGUUUUGUACUUUGUCAUAAUCAUAUGCUCAAUCAUGUUCACCAUGAUCUCAAUCGUGCUGAUUGUCUGGGGCUCUUGGCUCAGAACAUCCCACCCGGAUUGGAUCAGUGUGCCAAUGCUGAUCGUCAGUUGUGUCAGUGUUGCCAUUGCAUUCAUCCCAGAGGGCCUCCCUAUUGCCGUGACAGCGGGUCUUACCAUCACAGCGAACAUUAUGCAGAAGAACAAGGUCCUUUGCAAGUCGCUUAAGACUGUCGAAACUCUCGGUUCUGUAUCUGUUAUCUGCUCGGACAAGACCGGUACCCUCACUCAAAACCGAAUGACCGUUACAGAAGUCUCCAUUGGAACCCAUACCAUCACGGCAGACAAAGCUGAGGCUGAGCUCAACGCUAGUGAAACUCCUGAUGUUGCCGGUAUAGUUACGACUGGUGUCAGUCAGGUAUGCGCCUUGUCUGCCCUGUGCAACGCCUCUGAGUUCGAUGCUGCGACAAACAACUUGCCGAUCGAAGAGAGACGUGUGUACGGUGACGCAACAGACCAGGCAAUUCUGAGAUUCUCCGAGCGCCUCGGUUCCGUCCAACAUAUGCGACAGUGUUGGCAAAAGACCUACGAGCUUGCCUUCAACUCGAAGAACAAGUUCAUGAUCCGGACCUUCUCCCUGUUCAAGAAUGACUGCCUGUCGCAGACCCUCCCGCAAGCCGAGGCAGAUGCUUUCAAGCAAGGCGACACUCUUCUAACCAUCAAGGGCGCCCCUGAUGUGCUGAUCGGCCGUUGCUCGUACUACAUCACCAACUCCGGAGACGCACACCCCUUCGACGCCGACAUGCGAGCCACGAUCGAACAAGUCAAGAACAACUACUCCAGCCAGGGAAAGCGUUGCAUUCUCCUGGCACGCAAGGUCAUACGCAGGGAGCAUGUCAAGCACCAGACUGGCACCACGCAAUUUGAAGAUGAAAUGGCGGAUCAAGCCAAAACUGGCCUGACUCUGGUCGGCAUGGUCGCGAUCGUGGACCCGCUGCGUCCUGAGAUCAAGGAUGUCGUUUCGACUCUGCGCGGCGCUGGAAUUCGUUUCUUCAUGGUCACUGGAGACUUUGCCCUCACUGCUUUGGCGAUUGCGCAGGACGCUGGCAUUGUCACGCUACCAUCUUCCGCGGUCCACGGUCUGAGUGCACUUCCGCGGGACGACUUCUCCGACUCUGGCUCAGAAUCAGAAAAGGCUCCCAUACACAGGCAAUCUAUUGUCCUCAGCGGGCCAGACUUGGUUGGAAUGAGUGCACACCAAUGGAAGGUGCUCACCGAGUAUGAAGAGGUUGUCUUUGCCCGUACCACACCCGAGCAGAAGCUGCGUAUCGUCAAGGAGUUCCAGAACAGCGGUGUCGUGGCCAUGACCGGAGACGGUGUAAAUGAUGCCCCAUCUCUCAAGGCCGCCGACGUUGGUAUCGCCAUGGGAAGCGGUUCGGAUAUUGCCAUUGAAGCUGCUGACAUGGUGCUCCUCGAAUCAUUCUCCUCGGUCGUUGAGGCUGUUCAGUACGGUCGUGUGGUUUUCGACAACUUGAAAAAGGUCAUCUGCUACCUGCUUCCCGCUGGUUCCUUCGCCGAGUUCUGGCCUGUCAUGACCAACGUUCUGUUUGGCCUGCCGCAAAUCCUGUCGUCUUUCCUUAUGAUCAUUAUCUGUUGCUUCACAGAUUGCGCUGCUGCGACGGCUUUGUCGUACGAGAAGCCCGAGGCAGAUGUUCUUCUGCGCAAGCCGCGCGAUGUCAAGAAGGACCGCCUGGUCAACUGGCAGCUUAUCUUCUACGCAUAUGGAGUUCUCGGCGUUCUAGAAACCCUCGCGUCGUUCUCGAUGGCCUACUGGUACCUCCAAAAGAAUGGCAUCCCUUUCACCACUCUCUGGUUCGGCUUUACCACAGAGCCUGAUGGAAUCGACGCGGACUACUAUUUGCAGAAGCUCAAUGAGGCGUCGUCUAUUUACUUCAUCAACCUUGUAGUCAUGCAAUGGUUCAACCUGAUGGCCGUUCGUACUAGGCGUUGGAGCAUCUUCCAACAUCCACCUGCGUUCAACAAGCUGACGCAGAACCUCUACCUGUUCCCUGCAAUCAUCUUCGCACUUCUUAUGGCCAUCUUCUGGUUAUAUGUGCCAGUGUUCCAGCAGGUCCUCGGCACCACCGUGGUUCCCGUUGAGCACUACUUCUUGCCUUUCGCCUUUGGUAUAGGGAUAUUGUUGAUCGAUGAGGCUAGAAAGUACUUUGUUAGAAAGUACCCUGACGGAGCUAUUGCAAAGACCGCCUGGUAG